AUCAGUUUAUCACUCCUGUGGUAACAUGAAGGUUCUUCUUCUCUCCCUCUGCCUUGGAUUCGCUCUUGGUCUCACUGCAGACCAGAGUCUGAGAAUCCAGUUCGCCAAGUUUAAGGUUGAACACAACAAGGUUUACAAGACCAAGAGCGAGGACUCCUACAGGUUUAACAUCUUUGCCGAGAAUGUUGGCAAGAUGAACGCUCACAAUAAGGCUGGAAGAACCUACACCAUGGGAAUCAACCAGUUCUCUGAUCUUACUGAUGCUGAGUUCAAAACCCAGAAUCUUGGUGGAUAUAAAUCUCUGCCCUCCCCCCACCCUGCCUCCACCUCCGACCUCAAGAUGAAACCCAUCAAGGAUCUCCCAGAGAGCGUUGACUGGAGGGACAAGGGCGCCAUCACCCCCGUCAAGAACCAGGGACAAUGUGGAUCCUGCUGGGCCUUCGCCACCACUGAGAUGAUUGAGUCCUACGCCGCUAUUGCCACCGGUGAACUACCCGUCCUCUCCUCCCAGCAGGUUACCUCCUGUACUCCCAACACUAUGUCCUGCGGUGGAACCGGUGGAUGUAUGGGAUCCAUCCCUCAGCUUGGAUACACUUAUAUUCAACUGUUUGGACACUCCACUGAGGAAGAUUAUCCUUACACCUCUGGAACCUCCUCCCAGACUGGAAGCUGUGACUACGAUAUCAUGGACACUGCCCCCAUGGUCGGAAUCACUGGAUACGACACCAUGUCCAACAACCUCGAAUGGACCAUGAACCAUGUUGCCACUGUCGGACCUCUGGCCGUCGCCGUCGACGCUUCCCUGUGGAGCAGAUACAGCGGUGGAGUGUUUGACGGAUGUGACUUCAACGAUAACAUUGGACUGAACCACGCCGUUCAACUUGUUGGAUACGGAACUGACGCUGCCGAGGGAGAUUACUGGCUGGUGAGAAACAGCUGGGGAGGAUCCUGGGGCGAGGGUGGAUACAUCAAGCUGAAGAGAACAGCUGAGAUGCAGUGUGGAACAAACUCCACCCCUAUGGAUGGAACAGCAUGUACUGGUGGACCCGGUAAUGAUGAACAGCACGUGUGCGGACAGUGUGGAGUUCUCUUUGAUGUUUCCUAUCCUCUUGGAGCUCAUAUGAUUGGAGCAUAUAAUUCCCCUGUUUCCAAGAAACACUCACAUAUGUUCAGGAUUAUCUACAGAUCACUAAAACUAUUUUUAAAAUUAUUAUUUUUAUCUCAAAUUUUUAGAGUCUUCAAAAAGUUCAAAAUCUUGAAAAAAUAUUUAAAAGAAAAUUUUAACCCCUGGUUUUCUUUAUUGUCUGUGUUGCUGAAGAAUCCAGAUUGUAAGAUCUUGAAAUCAGAUCUUGUAUCCAGUCUUAGUUUUCUCCUGAACCCAUCCUGGUCUAAGGGGUACCCGGAGAAAGAACGGAUUGACCAGGGUAGCAUGAUGAAGCUGUACCUUCUUCUAGUCCUCUCAUGUGCAGUGGUUGUACAAUCCUACAAUUUCGGUCACAAACCAUGGCCCAAGGGUGUGCCACGCCCCUCCUUGGUUAAAUCUGAGCUGCUGGGCGGAGAACCUACUCCCACCUCUUGGUCUUGGAGUAAUGUAGGGGGAGUCAAUUAUUUAACUCAGGCUAAGAACCAGCAUAUACCACAAUAUUGUGGUUCAUGCUGGGCACAAGCUGCCACAUCAUCUCUCUCUGACCGAAUCAAGAUUGCCCGUAAAGCUGCUUGGCCAGAUAUUAAUAUUGCUCCACAGGUUUUGAUAUCAUGUGGACCUAUGGAUGGUUGUCAUGGUGGGGAUGCUGGAGCUGCAAACCAAUGGAUCGCUGAGAACGGGAUCACAGAUGAAACCUGUAGCAUCUACGUAGCUCGAGGACAUGACAACGGAAUGCCCUGCUCGGCUAUAUCGACCUGCGAGACCUGCUGGCCUGAGACCGGGUGCACCAAGCCAAAAAAGUACUUAACUUACACCAUUGAAGAAUACGGUGACGUCACCGGAGAUGAUCAAGAGGCUGCCAUGAUGCGAGAAAUCCACCAACGAGGUCCAAUUUCUUGCGGGAUUUCUGUAACUGAUGCUUUGUUGGAGUACACUGGAGGAAUAUUCACUGACAUGACCAACGCUACGGAGAUCAACCAUGAUAUCUCUGUGGUUGGGUACGGGGUGGAGAACGGGAAGAAGUUCUGGGAGGUGAGGAACUCCUGGGGAACAUACUGGGGUGAGAACGGGUUCUUCAGGUUGGAGAGAGGGAUUAAUAAUGUGGGAAUUGAGAGCGGCAUGUGCUCAUGGGCUGUUCCUAAGGAUACAUGGUCAGAGGUUCACUUCCCAAAUAAUUUCCAGGAGACUGACUCUGGAAGCCGAUUGAUCAAUAAUGUUUGGAAUCUGAUUAGACAAGUUCUCAGGAAGAAUAAAAAAUCUAAAACCAGGGGUACAUGUAGAGUACAGAGAACCCUAUAUCUUGGUGGAGAACGAGUAACCAGCCCUCUACCUCACCAAACCAUGGAUACUGCUCAGCUCCCUGAUAACUGGGACUGGAGAAAUGUCUCAGGGAAGAAUUAUCUAUCCUGGACUGUUAACCAACAUAUACCUAAAUACUGUGGAUCCUGCUGGGCUCAGGGAACCCUUGCUGCUCUAGCUGACAGAUUCCAGAUUGCAGCUGGAGAUAAAUUUCCGAACCUGGCUCUUUCUCCUCAGGUUAUAAUAAACUGUCGAGCUGGUGGCUCCUGUGAAGGAGGUAACCCUGCAGCAGUUUAUGAGUUCGCAGCUCAGGUGGGAGUUCCAGAUGUUACCUGUAUGGUUUACGAGGCAGAGAAUAGGGGACCAGUACAGGACUGCAGUAAACCGGAUAUAGAUGUGUGUCGGGAUUGUACAUGGCCCCCACCUGCUGUUGGAGAGAAACCUAAUUGCUGGGCAAAAAAAUCAUUCAAAAGAUAUUUCGCUGAUGAGUAUGGGUAUGUGAGAGGAGCAGAAAAUAUGAAGAAAGAGAUUAUGAAGCGUGGACCUAUUGGUUGUGGAGUAGACUCUACGGACGCUUUUGACAGCUACGCCGGGGGGAUAUACUCGGAGAAGAUCAAGCAUCCCGUCAUCAAUCACGAGAUCUCCGUGGUUGGAUGGGGAACUGAUCCAGGUACUGGUCAGGAGUACUGGAUUGGGAGGAACUCCUGGGGAACCUACUGGGGGGAGUACGGGUUCUUCAGGAUUGCUAUGCAUAAAAAUAAUCUUGGAAUUGAGACGGAUUGUGUUUGGGCAACUCCGAGAAUAGAUAAUCUCUAAGUAGUUCGCAGUUUUUUUUUAUGAAUAGUUUGCGGAUUUUUCAGUCUCCUGUUCGAAAAACGGUGUUUUAGCCAUUUUUAUGUUACUUAAAUAAGGUCUGAAUACCCCCUCCCACCCCCUCAGUAAUGAAUUUAUAUAUUUAUCAGCAAAGAAAAAAUGAUUUUUUUGUAAUUUGAAUCUUUUUAGUUAUGAAAUCAUUCAUCAUGUUUUAUUUUAAAUAAAAUUAAUUAAAUAAACAAUUAAAAUGUGUCUAA